AUGGAUUAUGUUUAUUGUGGCGCUGAACCGUCAGAGGACAUUUUAAAUGUCUACGAUGGCGGCGGCCAACGCGCCACGGGUCACUUUUCGCCAAAUUUUAAUGGUUUCAAUAUUAGCUCCGGGGACCCAGGCUACAUGGAACUGGUUCCCAUACUGGCAGAUGGCGGCGAAAAUUUCGGUGUAUCAGCUCUGGCAUUUGAUGAUUACGAAGAAUUGCUCUGGAUGGGUAAUCAAGGGGGCCACGUCACAUCAUACUACAGCGGCACAUUGCAAAAGUACACUUCUUUUCAAGUACAUGCCAGCGAUAUAGUACGUCAAAUUAUAACCAUAGAUGCGGGUAUUCUGGUAUUAACCCAAACAUCGUUGCGACAUCAAAUACGUCGUGGCAUACCGAAAUUCACACAUCGUUCGAAGAGUAUGUCAGAAAUGGUAUGUAUGCAAUUGCUGACACCACAUCGUCUGGUCAUGGCCGGUCUGCAAGAGGAAAUGAUCGAAUUCGAUUUGCGUACAUUGAAAGAAACGAAAGUGGAGCACGUCGGUUCAACAGGUUGUACAGUUCUACGUAAAAAUUCACGUUUUUUGUUCGCUGGUGAUCCAUUUGGUAUGGUGACAUUACGUGAUUUGAAUACGCUACAUGUUGAGCACACCAUCAAAACUCAUACUGGCAGUUUAUCUGAUUUCGAUGUCCAGGGAAAUUAUCUUAUCUCAUGUGGUUAUAGCGGCAGACAAGGCACCUUGGCCGCCGAUCGUUUUCUAAUGGUGUAUGAUCUACGUAUGUUGCGUUCAAUAUCGCCAAUACAAGUUCUAAUUGAUCCACAGCUAUUAAAAUUUCUACCAUCACAAACUUCACGUUUGGCUGUGGUCUCCAGUUACGGGCAAAUACAGUUAGUAGAUACGGUUGAAUUGAGCGAACCACGUGUAUCAAUGUAUCAAAUAAAUACAACUGGCAGUCAGUGUUUGAGUUUCGAUGUGUGCUCCUCAUCGCAAGCCAUGGCCUUCGGCGCACAAUCGGGUCAUAUAAGCGUCAUCGCUGCCGUCAAUACGCCGCAACCACAAUUCAAUGCCUUCUCACGGAAUACAGAGUUCGCUGAUCCGGUGCCGCAAUUGCCUUUCGUACCCAUCACAGACACCACAUUUCCGUUGUCAUCGAUCGCCCUGCCACAUUUGGUGACCGGCACACAUUGGUUUUCCGAUUGGCCAGCCGAAUUGUUGCGUUACCAAUAUCGACGACCGAAACCGAUUGAGGCGGAUGUGUUAAAUAGUAUGAAAAUGCAAGGCCCCAUCGGCUAUUCACCAAAUCCACGUACGGUACGACGCAAUCAGAUUCCCUACAUAUUGGAUACACCAAAUAGUUUGGCUGCAAACAGUAAUGGCGUGAACAGUUCGACAAAAACGACGGAGAGUGGUGUUAAAAUCAUACCGCGACGUUAUCGCAAAGUGGAACUGAAAUAUUCCAAGUUGGGUACGCAAGAUUUCGAUUUUGAACAGCACAAUCAGACAUGCUUUGCUGGUCUCGAGGCUACCUUACCAAAUUCCUAUUGUAAUUCCAUGCUACAGAUUUUAUAUUUUAUUGAACCACUACGUCAAAAGUUAAUUGAACAUUCUUGCAAAAAGGAGUUUUGUUUGUCCUGUGAACUCGGUUUUCUGUUUAAUAUGUUGGAUAAAAGCUCGGCUGCCUCUCCAUGUCAGGCCAGUAAUUUCCUACGUUCAUUUCGCACAGUGCCUGAAGCAUCAGCACUGGGCCUUAUACUGUCCGAUCGUUCGUCCAAUGUUAAUUUAAUAAGUCUUAUACAGAAUUGGAACCGCUUUAUUCUCCAUCAGAUGCAUUACGAAAUGGUGGACUCGGAGAAGAAAAGCCGCUUGAAUAGCGGAACAAGCACAAGUAGUUCUGAUGAAAAUUCGACUGGCAAUGACAAACCUGCGCUAGAGCUCAACAACAAAGCAGGCGAAAUAUUUCAAACAAUUGAUAUGAAAGAAAACGAUGACCGCGAACGAAGUAAAAUCAACGAAGAUUCGGAAGUUAGUCGACUCUUUGGCACAAAACAAGAUUGCAUUAAUCGUUGUCUGAAAUGUAAUGAUGAGAAAACCAAACAGAACAUUUUAUUAGCGUGUAAUCUGACUUAUCCGCUGCAAAUAAAGGAAGGUGAGCAGUUUCAUUUUGGUUCCAUUCUGAAGGCCUCACUUAGUACGGAAAAGCAUAUACAAGCAUUUUGUGAAAGUUGCAAAAAAUUCUCACCCACAAAGCAAAGUGUUAAGGUUACUUGUCUUCCACAAAUACUGGCAAUCAAUUGUGGUUUAAGCAAUGAAAAAGAUUUGGGAUUCCUGCGAAGACAAUUGAAUCGCAAUUUACACACACCAUCCGAAAGUCCAGCAAUAUUGAAUACAAGUAAGCCCUGUCGUUAUGGUCUCAACUGUUCGCGCAGCGACUGUCAUUUUGUACAUCCCGAUAGGAAAUCACCCGCUUCCAACAACGCAUCCUUCCAACCCAACAUAUCGCCGAACGGACGUCAGAAUUCAUGGUUUCCCUUGAGUUUUUCAAUGUCCAUCAGCGAACAGGGCGAACUUAGUGUGCAAACCGAGCACAGUAAUACAAAAACAGAGGAGCACAAUCAUGCGGAUAAUAAGGAGAAUCGCAGAAGCAUUCAUGAAACAAACAUCGAAAGUGGAAGAAAACGAUUUGCAAAUUCGACUACCAGCGAAUCGUACCGUGAAUAUGCGCUGCAUGCUGUGGUCUGUCAAAUUGACGAUGGCACCCAGAAGAACUUGGUCUCGCUGAUUAAUGUAAGUAAAAAAUAUCAUAUACAAAAAUUGGCGUCUAGCGGCAGCAGUGGUGAAGAGCAACAGCAGUGGUACAUUUUUAAUGAUUUCAGCAUUUCACCCGUUUCGAUACAGGAGUCUGUCUGGUUCACGCUGGACUGGAAAGUGCCGUGCGUACUCUUCUACAGCAGCAUAAAUAUGGAUGUGUCGGCUAUGUCGUCUGCUGCAGCAGCAGCUGCAGCCGCCAAAGGUGAUAUGCCAACGAACAGCACGGAAGCGGAAUUACCCCAACAUAACCCAUUCAUACAAGAUAUAACAAAUCCUGUACAGCUAGCGCCAGCGUCAGCGCCAAGCAGCAUGGGCGAUGUUAUAUUUAAGCCAUUGCAAGCGAAUGAAAUGCCACAGGCAGGUGAUUUGGUCGCUAUGGAUGCUGAAUUUGUCACAUUGAAUCCCGAAGAGAACGAAAUACGUCCGGAUGGCAAAACAGCAACCAUAAAACCAUGUCACAUGAGUGUGGCGCGUAUUUCAUGCAUACGCGGCCAAGGUCCCGAUGAGGGUGUACCCUUCAUGGACGAUUACAUAUCAACGCAGGAGAAGGUUGUCGAUUAUCUGACGCAAUUUUCGGGCAUAAAACCGGGCGAUUUGGAUGCGAACUUCAGCAGCAAACGACUGACGGCGCUCAAAAACUCAUAUCAAAAGUUGAAAUAUUUAGUGGAUACUGGUGUUAUUUUUGUGGGACACGGACUGAAGAAUGAUUUCAGGUGUGCACAUAUGCUGGUUUGCUUAAAUGCGUACAUGUUUUUUUUUUUUGUACCAAAAUCCAAUCCGAAACACACGACUCCGUCGAGGAUGCGCGCACCACAUUGCAACUGUACAAACAUUACCUGAAAUUGAUGGUGGAGCAGAAGUUCACCAACGCACUGAAAACGCUUUACGAUCGUGGCAAGCAGUUGCAAUGGAAAGUGCCUGAAAACGAAUGAAUAUUGGCGCGCUACAACGCGUACGCGUGCGCGACAGACGACUGACGACCGAUUGUAUGGAUGUGUGGAUGGGCUGUUUUUAAUGAUAAGAAUGAUUUGUUAGAAAUUUCAUGAGUUGGUGUGUGACUGGACGUUUGUUUGUUGCGGCAGCAAUGUGCAUAACUUGAUUUCAUGCUCAUAACUGUGAAUGAAAUGCACAAAAACAUUACUGCACACACUCAUACACACACACACACCCCGCAAUUUAUGUAUGCGUACAAACAUGAAAAAUUAAAAAAAAAACUCAUACUCAUUAAGAAUACUGCGGCAAAAGUACAAAAACGACACCGAACCGUGAGAAACAACAAAAAUGCAAAUGCAAAAAAAAGGAGAAAUAUUAAGAAAAAAACACUACUUUGUUAUUCCAUUUUUUAAACUAAACAAGCUGAUCUUAAGAAAUUAAAAGAAAAACGAGAUAAUAAUACGAACGCGAACAAGUGUAACGUGUAGUAAAGAAGAAGAUUUUUAAAGAAUGUACACUAUUUUGUCAUACAUACAUACUUACAUAUGUUUGUUUUUAAACAAUAAUAUAUACACUAUCAUGAAACACUGUGAAAGAAAUUGUUGAAUAUUAGAAAAAAAAAGAAAAAAACAUUAUUAUUUACUACCCAGCAAUUCGAUGCAAUUCGAGUACAGUCCGAAAAUUUGGUGUAGACCAUAGACGCAUAACAAUCACACUCUCUUGUCCAUUUUGUAAACUCAACUACUACGUCUUCAAUAAAAAAAAACUACACCCAAUACAAUCACAUUACAACAAUGAUAUCGACCACAUGUGCAGACACACUUAUUUUUUGAAAUUUGCAACAAUAUUUAUUUUUAGUAUAAAAAGAGAGAAAA